UUUCUGAGCCAUCCAUUCCAGCCAUAAAGGCCAGAGCAGGUGGCCCUGCAACUCUUCGUCCUGUGUCUGCCGUGGUGAGAGGAGUACUGGGUGACUAGGCUUCAGUGCUGGAUUACCUCUAAGGAGUUUAAGGGAAUUUUGACAAGGAAACCCCUAACCUAGGACAACCAUGGAUGAUGUAUAUAAAGCAGCGGUUGAGAACUUAACAGAAGAACAGAAAAAUGAGUUCCGUGCUGCGUUUGACAUCUUCGUACAGGACGCUGAGGAUGGAUGCAUCAGCACUAAGGAGUUGGGGAAGGUGAUGAGGAUGUUGGGCCAGAACCCCACCCAAGAAGAGUUGCAGGAAAUGGUAGAUGAAGUAGAUGAAGAUGGCAGCGGGACGGUUGACUUUGACGAGUUCUUGGUGAUGAUGGUGCGCUGUAUGAAAGAGGAGAGCAAAGGAAAAUCAGAAGAGGAGCUGGCUGAAGUCUUCCGCAUGUUUGAUAAGAAUGGUGAUGGCUACAUCGAUUUAGACGAGUUGAAGAACAUGCUGGAGUCAACAGGUGAGGCCAUCACUGAGGACGACAUUGAGGAACUCAUGAAGGACGGAGACAAAAACAACGACGGCAAGAUCGAUUACGACGAGUUCUUGGACUUCAUGAAGGGUGUCGAGUAAAAUCUUAACGGACUCAAAAAUACCACGAAAAGAAAUCGACAGUUCAUUCCCUAACCACCACCAGCCUCUUUGACGUCACCAUCAGCACAAGAAAUAACGAAAUUAAGCCUUUACAAACGUACGGAUGCAUGGGAAUUGUAUGUAUAUUUCAUAUUACAGAAUGUGUUGGUAUUAAAAGUCAAAGGUGUCAUGUCCUGCUGUCAAUAAUAGUAAUAUUAUUUGUGCACAAUGAAAAAACUUUCUGUACACCA